AUGACAGGGACAUUGUGUACGCGCCCGACCCCUCUGCUCUCCAUUGCACUACUGCAUCUCUGUACUAUCCUCGUCGUCGUCGAAUGCAGCGAUAGUUCUGGCUCCGAUUGCGACGGCUGCUCAGAGGACACGUUCAGCCCUUCGCAAGGCGUGACGGGACUCCUGAGCUCGACCAAGGGAAUGAAAGUGGGAAAAGGCAUGCUGGCUGUCGGUGCGAUGCUCGUCGGCCUUAUCGUGUGUCUUGCCGGCUACCGGCUCUUUCGGCCGACUGUAUUCUGCAGUGCUUUUGUCGUCGGGGGACUCUUUCUCGCUGGUAUCAUUGAAACCGCGUUCGCGAGUCUGGACUGGAUGCCCACGGCUUCAUGGAUCGGCUUUGCUGUUGGUGGCCUCAUUGCUGGGAUUGCGGUGCUGUUUCUCUAUAGCGCCAGCAUCUUUCUGGGCGGUGCCGCUGGCGGCGUCAUGCUCGCGUUCACCAUCAAUACAUCCGUGGGGACUAAGAUUAUUCCAAGUAAUCCGGAUAUUCUGCUCGUCAUUUUAGCGCUCUUGCUCGGUAUUUUUGGCGGUAUCUUGGCACUGAAACUGGAGAAACCGGUACUGAUCACAGCGACAGCGAUUGUCGGGGCGACCGUCUGUGUCUGGGGCGUCGGCUACUUUGCCGGUGACUACCCGAACGGCGCGGACUUGAAAGCGUUUGGAAAGAAAAAUGACGACGGCAAUUGGGUGUACCACAUUCCAGAUGCUUGGUGGGGAUACUUGGGGGCCAUGGCCGUGCUUUUCAUGCUGGGGAUGAGUGCGCAGAUUGGCAAGACAGCCCGUGGAUACGACCACGGAGGCCAGAGGGAGAGUCACGGGAUAAAGAAGAACCCGGACCAUGCGGCCGUGUAG